AUGGCAAAGAAUCGAAUGUUUCUGCUCGCUAUUCAACAUAAUAUGCCAAGGUGUUUGAGCGCUAUCAUCAAAGACAAAGAUUGGCUAUGGCAUUUAAGUCACUCUAACGCCCUCUCCAGCCGCCUCGCCUCCAACGCCUUCCUUUCCGGUUCCAUCCUCCUCAAUGGUCGCAAAACCAAACUCUCCUUUGGUACUGCGGCAUACGUGACUCAAGACGACAACUUGAUCGGCACACUGACGAUGAGGGAGACCAUAUCAUAUUCCGCGAGUCUGCGCCUUCUGGAUAAGAUGCCGUGGGAGGAGAAGCGCGCGCUGGUUAAGAGCAUAAUCGUUGAAAUGGAUCUUCGGCAUUGUACGGAUAUGGUGAUCGAGAACUGGCACUUGCGGGGGAUCAAUGGAGGGGAGAAGAGGACGGUCAGCAUCGCUCUCGAAAUGCUUAUGAGGCCUAAACUCCUCUUCCUUGAUGAGCCUACCAGUGGCCUUGAUAGUGCUUUGGCUUUCUUUGUGACUCAGACAUUACGUGGGCUAUCUAGAAGUGGGAGGAGUGUGAUAGCCUCAAUUCACCAACCUAGAAGCGAGGUUUUCGAGCUGUUUGAUCGCUUAUACUUGCUUUUGGGAGGCAAGACCGUCUACUUUGGCUAG